AUGGCACGGCCGAUAAAGGUAGACAUCGAACUGGUCUCUAACGACUUAGCCAGCAACAGAAAACGACUGGUUGCUGAAGCGUAUUCAGACAGAAACUGUAGGGGGUCAACCUACGCUAUGCAAUGCGCGCAGUGCACCGGAGCGGCAAGUUACUGGAACCUCAAGUGGUCAGUGGUUGCAAAUACGUGCGCGUAUCCUGUAAGGCAAGCACCAGAAACGGGGCAAGCUCUGGAGUAUGCGCGAUUAAUGCCUGCCCUGGAGCUGCACAAGGAUGUGUCUGCUGUACGCGCCACGGAUGCAAACGCAAAAGUGGAGUUACUUGACUCGAAAAAAGAGAGGCACCGGCAAUGCUUGCCGCCGAAGCUUAUUGUUGGUGGCUCUACCACUGUUCAGCCGUCAUUUUCCAUAACUCUAGCGGAUUGUGCUUCCGUGGCUCUGAAGCGAGCUACCAUGGGCACCUCAGCGUCGAUGGCAGGUUAUUUGCCACCAGAAAUACUUCUGGCUUGGGGAAAUCAACCACGAGAAGCAUUACAGCACAUGGGGUUGUCCCCAACUUCAUGGCCCCCUAGGGCCCCCCUCGAAUUAACUGCCCACGCUGUCAAUAUUAUCUGCUAUCGCGGGCUCAGAGCCCCUGCAUCUGUCUGGAGAACAGCAAGAUCUGUAGAAACACCGCUUGUCACAACGCGAUCACCACGUGUAGUACGAAGAGAAGCUCCGGCAAUACCAGCAAUAGGCGUGGUAGCUGGCAAUAACGAAGCGAAUAUUAAUGGUAAACGCAAGCAAUCGGGGUCCCACAGGGCCCUCCACUUCUCCCUUCCCCCUUGUUCUCCGGCAAACAUCGAGAGCAUCAAGUCUGGGGCUUGCAAAACGUUUCGGGCAGGUGCAUCCACCGCGUCGGGCGCAGUGGCUUCUGUUUUAUCAGUAGCACACGACUCCUCUCCAACAGCUCCCGCAGGUUCAGUCUCGGAAACUGCACAAUUAGCAGCAGCAGGAGAGGAGGAGGGGCCAAGUUAUUUAGAACUUCUAUGGCGUUUCCCGCCAAAGCCACCUCACAUCCCGCAGACUGUGUGGCGAGGUCUUUUACGGGGGUUGCACCUUCGCCCCGAUACCCCAGUUGGCAUAACGACUCGCCUUGUUGAGUUGUUCUUUACCAGGGGGGGGACAGCAGCAGCUUUCAGCCCAGAGUAUCCCAAACCCGAAUGUACUAACGGCUACCAAAGCCAGCAUGAACAGCAGCCACACGAGCGCCAGAAGGAGUCGCCUGCGUAUGCGCUCGACGCACAGCUGUCAAAGGCGGAGAUGGCUUCUUUUGGACGAUUUGCGUAUCUGGAUCGACUAAGUCCCCUCGUUUCCACAGUGGAAAACUUUGAUUCACUUCUUAUUGACCCCACACACUGUAGCCGCAGCACCAGCGACACAUACUAUCUAGACCCUAACUUUUCGCUCACUCACGCACAGCUAGACGCUCUGGCACGGCAGCAGGACGACGCCGCCAGUAACAACAUUUUGGCCAGCAGCAGCCGAAUGGUUCUCCGUACACACGGGACAGCUCAUCAGGCCUUUGUGCUUGGCAGCGGCAUGCGGCGAGCUAUCUGGUGUGGGGCUGUGGCGCGGAGGGACCAAGUAGACUCUACGCACUAUCCAGUCUUUCACCAAGUAGACGGCAUCUCUGUCUUUGAGCCGCUUCAUACUACCAGUAAAGACCUGGAGACUGCGACAGCGUGCUUAGACACCCUUAAAAGGCAGCACACUGCGCUACUGCACGCAAUAGAUUUGGUGCGGAAAAUGCAGAGUCAGCAGCAUCAGGAUGCAGCCGGGGGGCAGGAGGAGGGCUUGGGCUCUGCUGCUGCGGCAGCUGCCGGCUUGUCGGUCCACGCAGUGAGGAAUCUCUGCUCCUUCGCUUGUCUGAGCGAAGAAAACCCUUACCGCAGCAAUCCAAUUGUGCUGCAGCUUCAGGUGACCUUGGAGAAGCUCGUGCGCUUUCUUUGGGCACACAAGCCCCAUGCCGCGCCUGGCGCGAUGCCGAACAGCACAAAUGCAACAACAGACGGCCAUGCCAACAGCAACGCACGCAGCACCGAGUUGAAGCUACGUUGGGUGUAUGAUGCAUAUUUUCCGUUUACCUCCCCUUCCUUAGAGCUGGAAGUACUACACGAGGGUCGCUGGCUGGAGGUUUUGGGGGCCGGUGAGAUAAAGCCGCAGAUUAUCGCCACUGCAUGCAGCCAGCAACACCAACAGCAGAAACAGGGACAGCUGAGGCAUGAGCUGCCAUUCCAUCCAGAGGCUCGGGGUUGGGCAUUUGGAUUAGGGAUUGAAAGGGUGGCAAUGGUGCUGUUUUCUGUUGAUGAUAUUCGUAUUCUUUGGUCCACAGACCAUCGCUUCACGCAACAAUUCACCGAAGGACGAGUUAAGACCUUUGUGGCCUUUUCUCACAUGCCACCUGUAUUCAAGGAUAUUUCCUUCUGGCUUCCAAAGAAGAAGGCUCCCACGGAGAGUUUUCAGGGUAGCAGCAGCGAUUUGGCGGCUACAGUAUCCCAAACAGACGGGCCCUCAAGCGGACAGGGGCCGCCUAUCUGCCCUGCGUCAUUCGACCUGUCACGAUUCUAUGAGGUUUGCAGGGAGGAGGGGGGUUCACUGAUAGAGAGUGUGGCUUUGCAAGAUGCUUUCACGCACCCAAAGACGGGGCGACAGAGCCUUUGCUUCCGUAUUACUUACAAGGCCUUGGACCGCACCCUCACUCACGCAGAAGUCAACGCACUACAGGAGAAACUCAUCACGAAACUGCAGCAAAUUUUCGAGAUCGAACUCAGAUAG